AUGGCGACUUCAAAUCUUCUGGAUGCGCAUUUCGACGACAGCGAGGAAGACGACGAUAACUUCAACCCCCAACCAGCAGACUUAUCAGAUGCUGAGGACGCGGCAGCCGACGACGACCAGGAUGCUGGGGAUCAAAUCAGAAAUGAAGCUGCACAACAGCAAUCAGGAGACGAAGGCUCUGAUGAGGAGGAGGCUGCGAAUAAUGAAGACGAUGAGGGAGAAGGCGAAGAUACUGCGGCUAGAGAUGACGAUGAGGAGGAAGACGAGGAGGAAGAGGAAGAUGACGAAGAGGAGAUUACAGGACAUCGUCGAAAACGCAGACGAGAACGCCGCAAUCAAUUCCUCGAUGUCGAGGCUGAAGUCGACGAGGAUGAAGACGAGAAUGAUGACGAUGAAGACGAACUCAAUGAGAUUAAGGACAAUUUCAUUGCUGAUACACAUCCCGAUGACUUGGCAGACCUCCCAGCUGGCGGAGAGACCGAUGACAGACGGCAUAGGGAGUUGGAUAGAAGACGUGAGAUGGAGGCGAGUCUAGAUGCUGAGAAGCAGGCCGAGAUUUUGCGACAGCGAUAUGCGAAUAAAAACAGAUCUGGAAGGGCGAUUGGAGAUUCUGCAGUUGUGCCGAAACGCCUGCUACUCCCCAGUGUUGACGAUCCGAGCAUCUGGGCUGUAAGAUGUAAGGAAGGGAAGGAGAGAGAAGCUGUGUUCUCCAUUAUGAAGCGUAUUGAGGAGAGACUCGGCACCAAGAAUGAGCUUGCGAUCACAUCUGCAUUCGAACGGGGUGGAACACAAUCAACCAUGAAGGGGUUUAUUUAUGUUGAAGCUCAACGCCAAGCAGACAUCAUGACCGCGCUUGAUGGUCUGAUGAAUGUUUAUCCAAGAACAAAGAUGAUGUUGGUGGAGAUCAAGGAAAUGCCAGAUCUUCUCAGAGUCACAAAAAGCCCUUCACUGGAACCCGGAGCAUAUGUACGACUCAGACGUCCUCCAAAAUAUGCUGGAGAUCUUGCCCAGGUCAUCGAUGUCACGGAUACGGGCUUAGAAUUACGAGUCAGAUUUGUGCCUCGCCUCGACUAUGGUCUUCACGAUGAUUCGAAUGCUCCAGUGGAUGCAUUCGGUGCAAAGAGAAAACGACCAACUGCAGGACCAAGACCGCCGCAGAGAUUAUUUAGUGAAGUGGAAGCCAAGAAGCGCCAUGCCAAAUAUCUACAAGGAAGACCUGAUACGAAAACCUGGACCUAUCUUGGUGAUGAAUACAUCAACGGUUACUGCGAGAAGGAGGUCAAGAUCCAGACCCUUAUCACGAAGGACGUCAACCCAACGCUCGAAGAGGUUACGAGAUUCGCAUCCGGCGCAGAAGAUGGCACUGAGAACCUGGAUCUCAAUGCUCUCGCUGCUAGCUUGAAAGCAAGCACGGCUAAUGCAUCUUACCUUCCAGGUGAUGUGAUUGAAGUUUAUGAAGGAGAGCAGAAAGGUGUCGUUGGAAAGGCCGUAUCGGUUCAGGGCGAUAUUGUUACUAUGGCAGUAUCUGAGGGUGAUCUAAAGGGGCAAACAAUUGAAGUUCCCACGAAGGGUCUUCGAAAGCGCUUCAGAGAAGGUGAUCAUGUCAAGGUCAUUGGUGGAAGUAGAUUUCGGGAUGAAGUUGGUAUGGUGGUCAAGAUUUCGGAAGAUCGGGUUACACUAUUGAGUGACCAAGGCAACACCGAAAUCACGGUCUUCAGCAAGGAUCUUCGAGAAGCCAGUGACUCAGGGGGUGGUGGAUCUCUUGGAAAGUACGAACUUUACGAUUUGGUUCAAUUGGACCCGUCAACUGUCGCCUGUGUCAUCAAGGUUGACAGAGAAUCACUCGUCGUCCUCGAUCAGAAUUCCCAAACUCGGACUGUCAUGCCAUCACAGAUCUCCAACAAACUCGACAGGCGCAGGCAUGCCGUAGCUACUGAUCGCAACGGCUCUGAGAUUCGCCUGGACGAUGUUGUAAAGGAGCAUGGGGGUGAAGGUAGAUCAGGCAAAAUCCUCCACAUCCACCGAGCCUUCCUUUUCUGUCGCAGCGACACUUCGACUGAGAACUCCGGAGUCUUCGUUACACGUACAGCCAGUGUAGCAACUGUUUCUGCCAAAGGUGGCCGUAUAGCACCAUCCAACGUACCCGACCUCAACUCUAUGAAUCCGGCGAUGAAGCGUAAUCCCCCAGCACCCGGAGAUAUGGCGCCUCCCAAAACCUUUGCUAGAGAUCGCUCUAUUGGUCAGACAGUCACCAUUCGCCGUGGUCCUUACAAGGGAUUGCUUGGUAUCGUCAAGGAGACAACUGACACCAAUGCUCGAGUUGAGUUGCACACGAAGAACAAGACGGUGAACGUACCGAAGGAUGCUCUGGGCUUCAAGGACAAGAUCAGUGGACAAUCCAUCGAUCCGAAUUCGAGAGGUGGCUUUGGUGGUAGAGGAGGCUUUGGCCCAAGAGGCAGAGGAGGAUUUGGAGGGCCCACGCCCGGUGAAGGUGGUGGCCGGACACCAAUGCCAGCUGGUGGUGUUGAAAGGACCCCCGCAUGGGGCACUUCAAGAACACCUGCAGGAGGCGCAAAUGGCGGUCGGACUCCAGCGUGGAAACAAGGAGGCGAUGCUUCAGGAGGACGAACUCCGGGAUGGGCAGAUGGAUCACGAACUGUCAACCCGUAUGACGGCAGUCGAACAGCUUAUGGCGCAGGAAAUCGCACACCAGCCUGGUCAUCGGGUGCAAAGACUCCGGCAUAUGGCCUAUCAGAUGGCUUUGCAGCAGGCUCAAAGACACCCGGCUACAGUGGAGGAGGAGAUGCAUGGGGCUCCAAAACGCCGGCAUAUCAACCGCAGCAAAACCAAUCCAACGACAGUAGCUGGCAAAAUCAACCAGCAUCAAACAACUGGGGUUCCAAUGCCUAUGAUGCUCCGACGCCCGGCGCAGCCAUGUCUGCUCCUACCCCGGCUGCUAUGAAUGCCCCCACGCCAGGUGUAUACUCGGCUCCUACACCAGCACCGUAUAGUGCUCCUACUCCAGCUGCGGCUCCGACACCAGCUCCGGGAUGGGGAGGAGGUGGAUGGGGGGCUCCUACUCCACAGGCUAUGGACGCGCCUACGCCUGGUGCACAGCAGGGCUAUUAUGCUGCUCCAACGCCUGGGGCGUAUGGUAUGCCUGAGACCCCGGCGCCGAAUUGGCAGGAUGAUGGCCCCAGAUACGUGGAUUAG